AACGGUUGUAAACAUGUCAGCCUAGUAAACGAAGGUGACGUGGAGAAGUGUUUAUGAAAAUAACGUCUACUGCGACUUACAGCAUGAUUUCAACUGAGCUGAUACUGUUAUAAGUUAUUCAUAGUUAAAGUUUUCAUGAAAGAAAAUUUGAAUUUUAUAUAAUAGUAUGUUCGAAAUAACAGAUUUUCAAAAAAUUGGUGUUGGACUAACAGGUUUUGGGGUAGCUUUCAUAUUUCUGGGUGUGCUGUUUAUUUUUGAUAAAGGACUUCUGGCUAUUGGAAAUAUAUUAUUCAUAUCUGGACUGGCUUUUGUUAUAGGAUUGGAAAGAACCUUCUGGUUUUUCUUUCAGCGGCAUAAGUUGAAAGGGACUACAGCCUUUUUCGGUGGAAUUUUUCUCGUUUUAUUUGGUUGGCCUAUUGCAGGAAUAUUAGUAGAAACUUAUGGAUUUAUCAUGCUUUUCAGUGGGUUCUUUCCAGUAGUAGUAAACUUUUUGAGAAGAAUUCCAGUACUGGGGACUUUGUUAUCAUUGCCGUACAUAAGUAAGGUAGUUGACAGAAUAGGAGGUGAUCCUAAUAGAUCAAUGGUAUAAGAAGAAUUUCUAUAUCAUAUUAGACAUUUGAACCUUAUUAAAUUCUAUGUACUGUGCAAACGGGUCCUAAUGGCAUAUUUACAAGUGGAAAAUAAAUUCAACAUAUCUGACAAAAAUUGACCAACUUCAACACUUCUUCUUCAAAACUAACUUCGAUAGUGAUUUUAAUUGGUACUUACAUUGACAUAUUCUAGAAUUUAAACAAGUUUUUUUUUAAAUUAAAGAAUAUCUCUUAAACCUUUCGUUACAAAUGAUCAACCAUAAAAAAAAGUUUUAUUCCUUUAGUUUUAGAAUUACACUGUUUAAGUUCGUAAAAUAAAGGACUGUAUAAAAAGAUUACUAAAUAAAUUGUCUUCAGAUUGUUUUUUAUUAAUUUCAUCACCUUAAUUACCUUUUAAAAAGUUUUAAACUUUUAACAAAAUUUUUAGAUCAAAUAAUAUAGUAGAAAUUCACCUAUAUUUAUAAGAAACAGUUUCUAUGUGUACACAGAAGAGGCCAGAUGUUCAGGGGAAAUGAAUAUAGGCUGUUUAAUAACAUAUGUAAGGUGUCAUCUGUAUUGUAUAUAACAUUGUUUUUAUACAAACUUGUACACUUAUGAGGUUCUUUAUCUUGUUUUGCAACUUUCAUCGGUACUGUAUCAUUGCUAAAUUUGUUAUUAUUGUAUAUUAUGUGUUUUUAACCUUUGAUGUAGUUCCAUGGCUACUGCUAUAAACUUGCGAGACUUUUUGUGAAAUUUAAUCUUAAGUCAUAUAACUUUUGCGAUAAAAGACACAGAACAGAGGUAAGUAAUGCUAUUCUUACAUUAAGUACAUUGUUUCUGACAUGCACAAACACACAUUGAAUAUACUUACAUGCAUAUAUGACUGGGUAACAGGAUUUGAAGAAAAUUCAAACUCGUGUUCUUUCACUGUUCUCAGGUUUCUCCCUUUGGAAUUUUUUCAGUAUUUUCUUGAACAACUAAACUUGGUUUUUGAGAUUCUGAUAUCAAAAGUAUUUUGUAUAAUGAAAAAUGACACCAAAAGAGAGAGUUAUUUUGGUUUUUUUUUUAUGUUCCUUGUGCUUACCAAAAUACCAUUCAUUUGGAAUCGCAGUGAAGUAAAAAUGUGAACUUGAAGUAUGUGAGAGAAAAAAUAAAGUUUUAAUUCCCGAA